AUGAUCACGCCGGGGAAGGAAAGUAUGCUGAGAACGCCUGAGAAUGCAGAACCACACUUUCUCAGCACCAAGAUCAUAGAAGUAAGAACUGUUCAUGCCUUUUUUUUCCCUCGCAAUGCAAAAGCGCGAAAUCUCCAACAACCUGUCACAACCGGACCAAAAUCGAUAGAGCUGGUAGGCCGGUGUUGUUUUUCACAGGACAACGUGAGCACUGCUUCAAACCCUGCUGGCAGAAGCAACCUGUCGAAUGUGUCCACAAUCUGCAGUGGGGAAGACAGAAACUUAAAAUGUCACAGGCGCUGUCAAGAGACGUCCUUGGGUUUUCGGGGGGAGCUUUGA